UAAAUUUAAUUUACACUAGCUCAUAAACCAAAUUGGAUUUUGAAUCCAAUUAUGCAAUCAAAGGCGUCAUUUACAAUCUUAUUCUCUACGUAUGGCCUUUCUAAAGUUGUCGACACACAGUGCUUCUAGGAUUCAUAGUUUCUGUCGAAUUUCGGCUGCUUUAUUUCCUAGUUCUAAAAGAUUCAUCUGUGUAACCAAAUCAACACAUGCAGAUUUGAACCCAAUGAAACACAUACUGAAAGAAAAUAAUAUACCUGAAGCUGAUAAGAGACAGAUAGAGAGGGAGGUCGAAGAAAUGACAAAGGAUUGGGUUACGGCUGGUUAUCAUACGACAGACAAGGAAGAAGACAACUAUCAACGUCAACUUGUACCAUUCAUAUUUUUCACACUUCUUCUAUGUCCUAUAGCAUUACUUAUGUAUUAUGCGCCAGACCGAGAUUAUUCUGAAUGGUCGUGGAGAGAAGCAUUUUUAGAAAUAGAAAGACGUAAAAGAGAUGGUCUACCUCUUGUGGAUAAAGAUCUUAUACCUGCCUCUCAAGUGAAACUGCCUACAGAUGAAGAGCUUGGAUCUGAUUUCAAGAUUAUUAUAUAGGCUAGAGUGAUUCUCGGCGGCGGGGGGCGGAUUCUUACAUUCUUUAAUAAAUUAGUUAACUACUCCUUCACUUGUUAUUUUAUCUAUCAGUGUACAUAAUUGAACAAUAGAAUUGAAAUAAGA